AUGACUGCCAGAUUUUGCAACUGUCGGUUUCCCAGCUCCAUUGAGGUCGCCCAUUACAGGGGACGCAUAUCCGACUUGGUAAGCUGUCGCUGUGGUGAAGGUGCCGCAGACCGUUUAAAUCCAUGGAAUUGGUGCGCUGCGGAGAAUAUGGAUGUCAUAGUGAUCGAUAAUAGGGACAUAAUCUUCCAUCCGCAAGGCAGCAAGGGCACAGCUAUUGUAAGAGGAACGAAGCCAUUAAAAGCCGCGAUGGUACAUUGCUGGGAGAUGCUUAUUAUGACGCCACUAGUCGGAACAGACGUUAUGGUUGGCAUCGGUACGGAUAAGGUCGAUCUGGAGCAAUUCAGUUCAAAAUAUACCUCUGCUCUAGGUGGGAAUAACGACUCCUGGGGUUACUCCUAUUCCGGAAGAGUUCAGCACGGCGGGAAAAAGUCAAUCUAUGGUCAGGAGUUUGGACAGGGCUGCCUGAUUGGUAUUUACUUGGAUCGGUCACGUGGCCAUUUAGCAUUCUAUCUGAACCGGAGUCCAUUGGGGGUAGCCUACACGAAUGUGCCUACAAACGCUGAUAUAAACGUAUAUCCCAUGGUUAGUUCUACGAAUUAUAGGUCAGCGAUACGACUAGUCAAUAGCAUGUCCUUGGAUGAUACGCUGCUACUAAGAUCCUUCCAAGUGGCUGCUAAGCAGCCACACAUGCUUGCUGAAGUGCGGAAAGUACCAGGAUUCAUGGAAAUCUUACGAUCUACUUGGCUGCCGACUGUGUUCCAAGACUUUAAAGCCUUGUAGGUGCUUUAUCUUAGUACCAUCAGAAAUCAUUGAAAAAUCACAGAAAUUGUUUACUUUCCUACUAGUUUUAAUCUUGACAAUGGCAGAUCUUUAUAUCUUUGAUCACUCUUCCUAUUCCAUAUUAUAUUCCAUAUAUUCCAUAAAGGCUCUCAGUUUCAGGAUGGAUGUACUGAUUAAUUAGUUCUUGCGGGCCAGCUCUUCUCUCCAACUGACAUUCACGUUAUUUGUAAGUUUAGUA